UCGGAAACUCCUGAGGAACAGAAAAAACGGUUUGAAAUAGAAUGUGAAUUCGUCCAGGCUCUCGCCAACCCCCACUAUUUAAAUUUUCUAGCACAACGUGGCUUCUUUAAGGAAAGGUAUUUCUUAAAUUAUCUAAAGUAUCUGUUGUAUUGGAGAAGACCCGAGUACGCUAGGGCUUUGAAAUAUCCCCAGUGUUUGCAUUUUUUGCAUGCGCUGCAGAAUCCGGAAUUUCGCGAAGCAAUUGCCGUUACUGCGAAUGCAAAGUUUAUCGAAGACCAGCAAAUAUUACAGUGGCAGUAUUAUACUCGAAAACGACAGCGUUUACAUGUAUGCACUUAUGAAAAAAUUCUUACUUCCACCUUAUUUAUCUCAAAAUUGUUAUUAAUGCGGGCGCAGCAUUUGGUGUCGAAAAAAAUGAAACAGCUCCUUCUACAACCUAGAAUUUUCUUGGUAUGCUUGAUCUUGACUAUCGUUUCACUUGGAUACUGUUCUGAUGAGGAUGUGGUAGACUUGCCAGAUAAGUGUGAGGCUUGUGUUAUAUUUGCUAGAGAACUGGAAAGCCAGUUACACUCAGUGGAAAGAAAAAAGGGUGCGGAAAAAAAGCGUGAUGAGUUAACAUUGAUAGAAAUUCUGGACAAAUUUUGCGAUGUUAUUUUGCAGUAUAAAGUCCACAAGGAGAAGCAGGGACUUGAUAGGUUUCAGAAGGCGGAAAGCCAAACUAUGAAAACUUUGCAUAAAUUGAAAGACCGAGGAGUUAAGGUUGAGCUCGGUAUACCGUAUGAUUUGUGGGAUCAGCCGUCAGCAGAAGUUGUUUUUCUGAAACAGCAGUGCGAUUUGAUUUUGGAGGAGUAUGAAAAUGCGAUUGAGCGCUGGUAUUAUCUUAAACAACGUAGUGCGCUGCAGCAGUUCCUUUGUGAAGAACGAGUUUUGAAAGGUAAAGACGCAAGCUGCAUUAAAAGAAAUUCUCAUUCAGACCUGUAA